AUGUCUCUGACUAUGGUUACUGAUACUGCUAAUAGAAUUGAGCCUACGGAAGUGGUGAAGGGUAUUGGAUACGGACUAUGGUACUCCAAACACCACUUGAUUCACUCUUAUUUGGUAGUCCCGUUUGGCUUAAUUAUCCUUUUCACAAUAUUGUAUGGACUCAAUGUACUAUUGGCAGACAUUUUCAAAAUCAAGUUUCCUGCUUCAGUCUUGGGAAUGUUGAUAAACUUGGUGGUCUUAUGUAUAUUGAAUAUACUUAGUACCAUGUCACCAAAUCAUUCUGAACAGAAUUUCAAGAGCCGAGUCAGUAAAUGGUCAUCGUUUUUAUUGACUAAUUAUUUGAUGAUUACCAAACCUUCAAUGAAUUUCACUUUGAAAUGGAUUAACGUAUUCUUUAUUCCUUCUUUUAUCAUAUUACCUUUGAGUGAUUCAAUCACUUUCAUCGAGUGUUUGAAAAUAGCUGGGGUGUUCGUUGUGGGAGGUCUCAUUUUGCUAUGUAUCGAUGUUUAUAUGAUUCUUGGGUUGAAAUGGGUCUUGAACUACUUCAACGUUUAUAAAGAUGAACUGUUUAAGAAAAAUGAUGAUACCAACUCUCGAGAUGAACAAGAAGAAAUGGAAUUAAGAAGUAUGAAUAGCCCAACUCCAACAAAUCCCGAUAUGGACCAAAUCGGUACAAAGCAAAACGUCUUCACUUCCAUGAGAGACGAUAUAACCACAAUUGAUAUCCAGAGUUUAAGGUCAACUAAAACAGAGCCAGUUCAAAAUAAUUCAAGAAUAAGAAGCUUAUCGAUCUCAGAUAAUCCUUUCAACACAAACCAAUCCCCCAUUUCGUCUUCUUCUUCAGUUUCUUCAAAUUCAAAGAACGAACCAUCUCCGUUUGAAAAUUUGUCCGAUAAUACUAAAAAAAUCACCGUCUUCAUUACAAAAUACAUCGACUGGAUUCUUUUCAUCACUUUAUUCAUAGUUUCAUUGCCAUUAUACUAUAUCAAAUCCAUUCACACGUUUUUACCCUAUCAUCUAAGUAUCACCAUAAUCUCUUAUUAUUUAGCAUUACUUAUCCCAAUCAAAUGGCCCAAAUCAAGAAAGUUUGCCCAUCCAAUUUUGGUCCUGACUGCCGAAAUCCUAUUUGUUUGUUUUAUCGGCUCUCUUAUUUAUCAUAGUGGUAAACCAAAAGGUUUUCUCGACGAUCUUAAGUACUACAAAACCGGUAAAACCUAUAUCAACUUAUUCAGCGGUAAAGCAUUACUUGAUAACUCACAAGAAGUGAAUCACAACGUGGUCGACCAUACCGCUACUCCCCAAUGGCCAGGUUGUGGAGAUUUCCUUAGCUCCUUAAUGGAUAUCUCUAUUGUAUCCUUGUCAUUACCAAUGUUUACCCAUAGAAAAGACUUUACAAACAACUUUUGGGUGUUAAUGCCUCCAAUUCUUGUCUCAAUAGCUUUGACCUUUUUCUGUUAUCCAAUCUUUUGCUACACCAUAGGUAUUGAAUCCUUGAGAUCAAUCGGAUUCAUCGGUCGUCUGGUCACCCUAGCCUUGGGAACUCCCUUAAUCAACGCUUUAGGUGGCUCGGUCUCGUUAAUGGCAGUUUGUACCAUUUUAAGUGGUAUCUGCGGUGUUCUUAUCGGCGAUUCCAUCUUCAAUUUCUUAAGGGUCCCAACCAACGACUACGUCACUCGCGGAGUCACCCUUGGGAUCAACUGCGGUGCUAUUGCAACUGCUCAUCUUCUCAACAUUGAUCCUCGUGCUGCCUCCAUGAGUUCCUUAAGUUUCAGUAUCUUUGGUACGGUCAUGGUUAUAAUGGCCAGUAUCGGAGCCAUUCGCCUGCUCAUCCAAAGCUGGGUCGGUAUGUAA